CCUGGGAGCCCCCCACUGCUGCUGUGGAGGAGCUGGAAAAAGGCGACAUCUUCGAAAGUUUUACCGAGCACCCGCCCCUCAUCCUGCCGUCCUCGGGCUUUCGUCUCUCCCUGUCAGAGCCACUGCCCAGCGACGAUCUUCAUCGGCAACUCCAGCACCUCCGUACCUUCCUGUGGAAGCGGGCCAAGGAGACCCUCCCCGCCAACCAACGGCCCCCCUUCUGAGGGAGCACCCUCUCUUCUCCCUUGUCCCCAUCCACCACCCCACGACUCCCACCGCGCAGGUCCAUCUGGGCAACUUUCUGAUCCCGGCGAGGCAGGGGGAAGAUCUGGGGCGACUCUGCCCCUCCCUGACUGAGUGAAAGAGAUCCCUUCCCCCACUCUGAUUGUUAACGUGUGAGUUCUAUCUCCCACCAUGUCUGUGACAGGGGACCUCCUCUUCAUAGCCCACCGUAGGUAGUCUCUCACACUCUCAUUGUGUGUGUGUGUGCAAAUGUAUAUAUGAGUGAGUGUGUGCCUGUGUGUGAGUGUGUGUCUGUGAGUGUGUAUGUCAGUGUGUGUGAGUGUAUGUGUGCCUGUAUGUGAGUGUGUGCAUGGGCGUCUUUCUGUCUGUGUGUGAGUGUGUGUGUCUAUAUCAGCAUGUCUGUGUGUGUGCAUAUGUGUAUAUGAAUGAGUGAGUGUGUGUGUUUGAGUGUGAGUGUGUGUGUUUGAGUAUGAGUGUGUGUGUAUCUGUGUGUGUUUGAGUGUGUGGGUGUAUGUGUCUGUGAGUGUGUGUGGCUGUGUGUGCUUGAAUGUGUGUGGGGGUGUUUCUGUCUGUGUGUGUGCCAGCGUCAGUGUGCAUCUGUGUGUGUGUUUGUGUCUGUGUGUGUGAGUGUGACUGCGUGUGUUUAUGCGUGUGUGAGUGUGACUGUGGGGUGUGUAUGCAUGUGUAUAUGAAUGAGUGUGUGUGUCUGUCUCGGAAUGUGAGAGAGACUGUGAGAGGUAUGUAUGACUGGCUCUCUCUCUCACACACACACACACACACACACACACACACACACACACACACACACACACACACACACACACACACACACUCACACACACACACACACACACACUCACACACACACACACAAACUCACACACACACACACACUCACACACACACACUCACACACACACACACACGCACACACACACACUCACACUCACACACACACACACACACACACACACACACACACACUCACACACACACACUCACAUACACACACACACACGCACACACACACACACACGCACACACACACACACUCACACUCACUCACACACACUCAAACACACAUACUCAAACACUCACAGACACACACACACACUCACAGACACACACACUCACAGACACACACACACUCACACUCACAGACACACAAACACACUCACAGACACACUCACAGACACACACACACUCACACUCACAGACACAGACACACACACACUCACAGACACACACACACACUCACACUCACAGACACAGACACACACACACUCACAGACACACACACACUCACACACACACACUCACAGACACACUCACAGACACACACACACACACACUCACAGACACACACACACACACUCACAGACACACAAACACACUCACACUCACAGACACACACACACUCACACACACACACUCACAGACACACUCACAAACACACAGACACUCACACUCACAGACACACAAACACACUCACAGACACACAGACUCUCUCUCUCACCACCAGAGGCCCUUCCUCCCCACUCCCAAACCCCCUCCAGUUGCACAGCCUUCCCCGGACACCCCCCCCCCCCCACCAGAACCAGGGGAAUGGGGAGAGUCCACAGUGUGUUCACAUUCUGGCAAUGCCUCGUGAGCGAGCCUUUGUACCCCAGAACGUGCUCCCUCCUCCUGGGCACACCAGGCCUUGGCAGGGCAAGGCAGAGCGUGGGCUGGAAACGCUGGCACUGAGGGCGCGGCCGAGGAAGAAAGCCGGUGGAUUUGGAGACUCACAGAGACGUAGAAUGUGAAACAACAGAAUAUCGAAGAGUACAGGAGCAGGCCCUUCAUUAAAUAAGCAACCAAAUGGCCAACUCAACUAAUCCUUUCUGCCUACUUAAUGUCCAUAUCCUGCCAUUUCCCUGCCAUUCACGUGCCUGUCCAACGGUCUCUAAUGUGUUUGACUCUAUCACCACCCCAAGCUGCCCCACACAUCCCAUUUGAAUUUACCCCCCCCCACACCUUAAAUGUAUGCCCUCUGGUUUUAGAGAUCUCCACCCUGGGGAGAAGAGAUACAGGCUGCCUAUAUGUACAUUUGUCAGAGGCUGAUAUAUUCUUAAUUAGUCGGUGCACAGAGGGACACGGAGAGGGAAAAUGGACCAGCCAUGAUGGAAAAGGCGGAGCAGACUCAAUGGGCAAAAUGGCCGCAAUUUGCUCCUGGAUCUUAUGGUCCACUCUGUCUGUGCCUCUCAUCAUCAUCUUACAAACCUCCGUCAGCUCUCCCCUCAGCCUCUGUCACUCCAGGGAAAGCAACCCUCUCCUUACAGAUCAUGCCCUCGAAUCCAGGCAGCAUCCUGGCAAACCUCUUCUGCCCCCUCUCCAAAACCCCCCUCACAUCCCAUAACGGGGAGACUGGAACUGCACCCAGCCCUCUGAGUGGGGUCUGAUCAGAGUUUUAAACGGCUGCAAUGUGACUUCCUGACUGGUGUAUGCCUCCCUUAUCGCCCUGUCUUCUUGUGGGCUUGGAUCCCUCUGUCCUGUCCCGUUACAUUUCACCCCCCAAAGCGCGAUACCACGCACUCGUCUGGAGUGCAAGGAUACCAAACUUGUGUCUUAUAAUAGGAAGAUUGAUCGCAAGUGAAGCAGCCUUCUCAUUAAAUUCACAGAAGCCCAGUCUGCAUUCUCAAUAAAGGCUUAUGACAUGCAGUGGUCAAUGUCUUUCUGUCUCAAAAGCAUGAUGAAAGGAGAGUGGUAUGUGAGUGGUAUUUAAAUAGCUGAGGAGGGCUUGAGACACCCCAUCCCUCGAAAAACAGCAAGCAAAUGCGGGGUACAAUCCUGAUGAGGCAAGCGGGAGAUGUCCUUGAGAGUGGUGAGAGGGACUAGGAUAGACAGGAGGGGUAGAGUGGUUUUCAUGGGCGUUAGACAGGGGAAGAUGGAGAUGGGAGGUGGAAC